CUGUACUUAAGACCGAGUUCGAACAUCGUCGGUCCAUUUGUCUUCCCUGGAGAGUUGUUACGUUACAGAACAACAAGAUGUCUGUUCCUUUUCCGAACUUUUGGGUCCGAAAGAUAAGAUCCUUCUUUGUCUUGUUCGACCGUGACUUAGACGGCAUAGUGCACAGGGAAGAUUACGUUGACAAGGUCAUAGAGAGAGCAAAGAAGUAUCUUAGCGAAGAGAAAGUGAAACAUUUUGAGACUCUUAUAGCGAAGGCAUGGGAUGAAUUUUGGGGUGGGCCAGAAGGCAAGACUGCCUUGACCAUAGAUGAGCUGAUCACUUCGGUCAGUCCCCGGGUUUUCUCCGAUAGCCAUUUCGCCGAGACGUGCAAAGAGUGGCUGACGGUCUACUUCCAAGGCGUCGACGCAAAUGACGACGGCUAUGUCACUCUGAGCGAAUAUACAGCGUUCCUGGAGUGCUUUAACGUCCACCCCUUUUCCGUCACCCCUUCGUUCGAGGUCUUAGAUACCAAUCACGAUGGUCUGAUCAGCCUGGAAGAGUUUAUCAACACCGGUACGGAGUAUUUUUGUGUCACAGCGGACACGCCAGCCAAACUUUUCUGGGGGCCAUUUUUGGCGUAAAAACAUGACUGUGCUUGAAGUUUGAAAACUGUGCAUGUCAUUCGAAUGUAAAAAAUAAAUGCGUUAAUUUUA